GGUGGGAGUUGUGCGGGACCGGUUUGUUGGCUGCGGUGCUCGGGUACCCCCGGAGCCCCCGGCAGCGCCAUGCCGCACACGGUCACCCUGUACGGCCCCUCGCCCUGGGGUUUCCGGCUGGUGGGGGGCAAGGACUUCAGCACCCCGCUGACCAUCUCCAGGAUUAAUCCUGGGAGCAAGGCAGCACUGGCUAAUCUUUGUCCAGGAGAUGUCAUCCUGGCAAUUAAUGGAGAGAGCACAGAAUAUAUGACCCACCUGGAAGCCCAAAAUAAGAUCAAAGGAUGCAUGGACUACCUGUUGCUGUCAGUGAACAGGACUGAAGCCAAGAACUGGGCCCCUACUGCUCCAGAGGAUGGCAAAGCCCAGGCUUACCGAAUCAACAUUGACUCAGAUUUGCAGGACAAAGGGCCCGCUCUCAGCCGGAGGUCAUCGGCUGGAGGAAGCCCCACAGAAGGCAGGCUGGGUUUGGCUGUCCAACACAACACACCCACAAGGCUCUAUGCCCACAACAACGGGGAGACCAGUCUGCAGGCCCAGAUGAACGCCCUCCACAUGAGCCCUCCACACAGCACCGAAUCCUUGAGGUCCCUCCCAAGGAACAGGAAUGGCAUCGAUGUGGAGUCAGAUGUCUACAAGAUGCUCCAGGAUCCUGGCGAGCCCGCUCCAGCACCCAAGCAGUCUGGCUCCUUCAGAUAUCUGCAGGGCAUGCUGGAGGCCGGAGAGAACGGUGAAAAGGCGGACCGGCCAGCCGGCCCCAGGAACCUAAAGUCUCCAGGCUCCAAGCUGGGAGGAGCCAUGUCCAGCCUGCAGUUGCUCCCCGAGUGCACCAGAUGUGGGAACGGGAUCGUCGGGACGAUCGUCAAAGCCCGGGACAAACUCUACCACCCGGAAUGUUUCAUGUGCGAUGACUGUGGCCUGAACCUGAAGCAGAGAGGCUACUUCUUCAUUGAGGAGCGACUUUACUGCGAAACCCACGCCAAGGAGAGGGUCAAGCCCCCGGAAGGCUACGAUGUGGUGGCCGUCUACCCGAACGCCAAAGUCGAACUGGUCUGAACCAGGAGUCCUGCUUCCCUGUCCCUUUUCUCUCUCCCUCCCCACUUCCCUCCCUUCAAGCCCUCCCCAAACCCACUCCCUUCCACAGGCUGAGCUUUUGCAGGUGACCAAAACCUCACAGUCACAUGACAUCUCCCUCCAUACAAUGGUUUGCCCUCCCAGAUGGAGAGGGCUUGAGGCUGGAAGGGUCUGUAUGGUUAACUCCCUUCUUAUGCUCUUCAGUGCCUCGGUUAUAGUCUUUGCUUUUGUUAACAUUUCUGCCAUGGCCUCAUCCCAAAUCUGUGUAAAUAUCUGAAUAAUUUUCUACCUUGUCUCAAAUAAAACCAGUCUUCUUUAUUUUUA